CAUAUAUACACUUCCAUGGAUUUCCAAUUUACUUUUGUUACCAUUUUCGCACCUUUCGCUCACCAAUCGCUGCUGUUAAAUGGUUCUUCUAUUUCUUCUUCAGUUAGUUCGUUUCAUUUGUGUGUUCGUCUAGUAGACGGAGUUAAAUUCGAGUUUUGAUCUCUUCAAUUUGGUGAAAUUUUGUGGAAAACUUGUGUGUGAAUCGAUAUUAUUGUGAAUUAUUAGCAAACAAAUCAGUAGGAGAUUAUGCACAAAACGAAAUGUAAGUGAAAAUGUGUUGAAGGCUCUAUUACUGAAAAAGUAAAAAGUUGUGCUAGUGAAAAAUGUAAAGAAGUUUGCAUUUAUAUGUAUGAGAACAAGUGGUAAAAAGUGUCAAAAACCUGAAAUAUUUGCAUUUAGCAAUAACAUAAAACGUCAUUGGUGUGCAGUGAGACAUAUUGAAGUUUAAGCAAUCAGGAAAAAUCGAAAUGAAAAUCAAUUUUCUGUCUACUCAGAUUGCCUGUUUAUAGCAAUCACUUCAGUUCGAGAGCUCAAUAUCAAGAAGUAGCUUUAAGUAAAAUUUAUUCAUACCUUCGGUGCUAAAACUGUGUAAAUACCCAAAAAAGGAAGCAGAUUCUACAAUCGCAUACUGCAGGUUGAAAAUAGGAGCAAUCAGCGAGUACGUACCACCCCCACAUAUACACACAAAUAGAGGAUAAACGCCAACGAAAGCAGCUGACCUUCGUGUUCGCGUGAUUUCGCACCGGUCUGCUGCAAGGGCACUCUAUUGAUUGCCCUUCGCAUGUGUCGCGUUCAGUGCAACUUGCCGGUUGUGCCCAACUAAGCGGCACAAGCGACGUCGUCAACACCGACCAGCAGGCAGCAAAUCGAGUGCCAUUGCCGCACACUACAUACAUACAUACAUAUGUAUGUAUAUAAAUGCAUCUGUAUCCAUAGUUUCACAGUCUUACUUCCUCAAUAGCAAAUACAUAAUAAGUAGCAAUAACUAAAAUACACUAAUAGAGCAUAUAGCUAGUGCAACACCAACAACAACAAUAACCACAAGAUGUUCAAUUUCAUGAAAAAGGGCGUAUCCUCGGUGAGCGGUGGCAGUGGCGGUGGUGGCGACGAUGAAAAGGAACGUCGCAAACGUGAGAAGAAAUUGCGUAAAGAGGCUAAAAAUGCUGGCGUACUAUCGGGCAGUAUGAGCACUGAGGAGCUGCUGCGGCUGGAUGAGGUUCGUCGUUCGCUGAAAAUACGCGGUCGGCGUAAAGAGAAGGAGAAAUUGCCCAGCGGCAUAACAGCUGAUUAUAGUGCAGAGUUUUUCGCCCAAUUAGAUAUAGACCGUGCAGCGUUAAGCGCCGAAUUGAGCGGCGAAGGUGAUAGCAUUUAUGAAUUGGAUCGCGGCAAUGAAGAAAUUGAGGCAUCUGUGACGACAACCAUUGAGAGUCGUUAUAAUGGCGCUGGUGUGGGUGCUGCUGGUGCUGGCGGAGCUACUGGUGCCAUGAGUAUACAUUCCAUGCUGGCGUCCGCUGCGGCGAGUGGCAAUGGAAAGCAUCGCUCACUGCCGCCUGUGCCACCGAAACCUCCGAAGCGUGGCAUACUGAAGGGUUCUCGCAGUAACAUAUCCAAUGUACAUGAAGAGAUAACGAUCACAUCGCCCGAAGCACAGCUGCUCGUAAUGCGCAACACAAUGCAAAACGAGUUGCCCUUCGAUGGUAGUCGCAGCAAUAGUAUAAGUGGUGCAGCUACUGGACGCAGCAGCAUGGGUGCAGUCGGUGGCGCCGGCGGUGCAGGCGUUAAUCCUCACACGAGCAGUGGCACCGCCUUCACCUCGGUGGAGAGUUUGCGUAGCGAUGAAGGUGGUAAUGCGGGUAUACAACGCGCUAUGACACUGCCGACGACGGCACGCUACGCACCACAACUGCCACAGCAUCACAGUGCCAAUCUGCGUGUGAUGACCUCACCCUCACCGAGCGCUGACAGUCUCACAGAUACGACAAAUUCUUCCUUUGCCACGCCGCCUUUUUCCUUGAGUCCCGUUGGUGAGUCGCAGGGUAUCGAUCGGUGGUCGCGUGUUCACGCAUUCGAGGAUGUGGAAUUACCAUUGCCACCGAUUAAAUUGGUGCAAUUGCCGCCGGCGCGUGAAUUAGUCAUUAGGCGGCAAAAAUCACCACGCAAUGAUUUCGGUUUCAGUUUACGCAAAGCGAUUUGUCUGGAUCGUGCGGAAUCGCUGACCUCGCCCACAUUCAAACCGGUCAUAUUUGCUGAACCCGGUGCGGGUGGUGGUGCGACCGGACUGCUGCCGGGUGAUCGUUUGCUUAAAGUGAACGGCACGCCGGUAAGUGAGUUGUCCCGUGAGGUGAUCAUUGAGAUGAUACGUAACAGUGGUGAUUCGGUUACGGUGGAGGUACAACCCGUUUCGGAAUUAGUGGAGCUGAGUAAGCGCUGCAUGCCACCACAAGGAAUUGGCGUUGUCGCCAAUGUUGAUGAUGAAGUGGAUCGCGCCGCAAGAAAUGCGAAUUGCAAUACUCUUAAGAGGAGUGCUAGCAAGCGGUUUAAACAGCAGGUAAGUGAUUUUGUAUUAUAUGUAAACCAUGAAAGCUCGUUAGGCGUACAUAAUUUCCGGGUCCCCAAAUCACUUCCAUUACGAAAUACAUCUACGAGUUGUGGGUUCAAAUCCUUCCUGACCAAAUAUAUAAAAAUUAUUUAAAACGGAAUAUUUUAUCUUUAAUGGUCGACCCAUAGCUACUUGUAUCGUGAGAUACGGCUGGAAAUUUAUUGAAAUUUUGAAUAUUUACUUAACAUACUCUGAGGCGUCGAGUAUAUGUAUGUGUAUAUAACAAAACAAUCAUUUUGCAACAUUAUAUAUUGUAUGGAGAGUUUCUAGCCAUCUACAACAAUAACUACCUUUGUGUUAGAGUCCCUGCAGGAACAAAUGUAGAAUUGAUGGUUCAUUUUAUAUAUUUGUUAGUUGGAGUGAAUACCUGUCAAAACUCUUAGCAACAUGUGUAUAUUAUUUCGAGAACCAGAUAUGUUUCUUGUGAAUACUUCGAACACUUAUAGAGGAAGGGAAGAAAAAAAUUGUAGUAUGUUGGAAGCGCCAUUACUUUGAGAAAGGUCUGUAAAAGUCUUCUCUUAUUCAGAAACCGUUCUCCUUUCUUCUUUGGUUUUCAGCUUCUAACUACCUUUUGACCUCUUAUCUCACAUAUUUCUUAAUCUCAACAAGGGAUGUAUUAGAAAGAAAAAAGAAUUGCUUACUAAAUGAAAAAAUUUGAUUAUCGUCGCACAAGAUGCUUGACAAAUUAUGAAACAGUAGCACACCAGUAA